CUUGCGCGUGAUGGCGGUAUCCCGCUGCGACCUGUGCCUCAAGAGAAGCUGAGCGAUGGAUGGCUAGAAGGCUUCGCAUGCUGAAGCGCCGACGGGCAUUCCAUCUUCGGCGUGUCAUGCUUGCAGCCGGUCUUUGGAUGAAACUCCGGAAGCGCAGAAGGUGUGCGCCACGGCAAAACCCAUCGAGCCCGCUGCACGCCACCCGGAAGGCAGAUGCCAUGGAUGACGUAGAGGACGUCAUGGAGGGUGCACCCUCAGAUGACGAGAUUGAGCAGCUGCCUCGCGGGCCAGUUCGUUCUAGGAGGCCGCCAUCACGCGUUGUCAAAGCCACCGCAGAGGGCAAGCCAUUCGAUGAAGGAGAGGUGCAGUGUGGCCCAAAGCCUCGGAAGAUCGUCUUGCUACGAUCAGUCUUUGAGGGUCGACCGCCGGUUGUUCUUUUUAGCUACACGCAAGCUUGCUGCGCUGAGCAGCGCCCAAUGGAUCGCGCUGUGCCAGCUGACGAAGAUGGGCCCCGCAUGUUCUACAGCCACACAGAUGCCGUGCACCAGUACAACGCAGUCAUCAACAUACUGAGACAUGGGGGACUUUACCGGGUUCGAGCAGAGACAAAUAGAUGGACAGUCAUGUGGUCAUUGCAUCCAACACCCGAGCAACUGCGCCGGUUCACUCCCGUGCAGCGAGCAAAUCAUUUUCCUGGCUCGUUCCACUUGGGUCGCAAGGACUUAAUCUGGCGAAACCUAGCCAAAAUGCAGCAGCGCUUCGGCAAGGAGUAUCAGAUUUCCCCACAGGGCUACAUUCUACCCAAGGCAUUUUUGGCCUGGGAUGCUGCAAGACUGCGGCAGCCAGAGGCAUUGUGGAUUUGGAAGCCCUGCAGCCAGAGCUGUGGCAGGGGGAUUACGGUGUUCAGUUCCGACGUGCCUGAGGACCAGCUGCGGGAACUAUCCAAGAAGCGUGGCAUUGUUCAGCGGUACAUUCCGAACCCGCUUCUCAUUGGGGGCCGCAAGUUUGACAUGCGGGUUUACGUGGUCGUCGUCUCGUAUGAUCCGCUGAAGGUGUAUGUGAACGAUGAGGGCCUAGUGCGAUUCGCAACUGAACCCUACUCAGAUUCAGUGGACACAUUGCAGUCCAGGAUGAUGCACCUCACGAACUAUUCCGUGAACAAGCAGAGCCCAGCCUUUGUUCAAAACCUGGAUGGGCAGGGCGCAGAGGACAAGGAGGACGCAGCCAUUGAUGAAGCCGGCCAGCCAAAGGCUUCAAAAUGGUCGCUGACUGAGCUGAAGAUCCACUUUGAACGGGAGGGCUUGAACUUUGGCGCAAUGUGGGAGUCAAUGAAGGACUUGGUCAUCAAGACUCUCAUCUCAGUGGAGGAGCCCUUGAAGGCUGAGUGGUGCAAAACGCUGGGAUGUGAGGAUGGAGGUUGGUCAGCGCGCGGGCCUGGAGGCGCCCAACGGUCAAGUUGCUAUGAAAUUUAUGGCUUCGACAUUCUAGUGGAUGAGACCUUGAAACCGUGGCUGCUGGAAGUGAAUAUUUGCCCAUCCUUGUCUUCUGGAUCGCCGCUGGACAAGAGGAUCAAAACCAAACUGGUUGCCGAUGUCCUUACUCUUGUCGGAGUCCAUCCGCCAACCGCAUUGUGGCAGCUCAGCCCAGACUCUGUGCAUUGGCCCGUCACAGGCAGCUUGCCAAUCAUGGAUGAGAAUGAGGCAGCGUCAGGUUGUCUUCUUUCAGAAGAAGAAAUGGCGAAGCGCGCUCGAAGAAUAGUUCCUUGGCAUGGUGGGCAAGUACAGGCAUCCUGCGAGAGCCCAGCAGACGCAUUGUCCUUGUUUGACGACAUCGCAUGGGAACUUUGCGUUGUAGCUCACGAAGAGGACAUGCGGUCUGGUGGGCUUAUGCGGGCCUUCCCUUGCCCUCAUGCCGCAAGGUAUGCCCACUACUGGGAUGAGGAGUCCUAUUGCAACAUAGUAUUGCGCAAAUGGCAAGAAGCUGGCGGUGGGGCAAUCUUUCGCUCCAAGAAGCUGCCGCCAUGGGUGCCCCGUCAAGUGUGCUUCAAUAAGACGUGACGCAACCGCUGAAACGCUGAGCGUAAACGCCAUGCCACCAAAAGUGGGGGCUACAACUUGGAUAGCAGCCUAGUAUUUGCAUCCUUCUGCUGAUGCAGAUCGGCCGGAUGCCUUGUCAAGAGCAAGUUCUUUGCAUCACGCGACCCUUUUUGCAGUGAGCGCUCUUUUUGCACAGG